CCUGCUGAUACCCCCCGCGGUGCCGUGUCCGGGCGCGGCGCAGCCCCGGGGCCGGGUGUGGGGCCGCGAUGGGGUCCCUGUUCCGCAGCGAGGAGAUCUGCCUGGCCCAGCUCUUCCUCCAGUCCGCCUCGGCCUACAGCUGCGUCAGCGAGCUGGGCGAGCGCGGGCUGCUCGAGUUCAGGGACCUGAACCCCCAUGUGAGCCCCUUCCAGCGGCGUUUCGUGGGUGAGGUGCGGCGCUGCGAGGAGAUGGAGAAGACCUUCACGUUCCUGCGGCAGGAGCUGCGCGGCGCGGGGCGGGAGCCGGGCGCGGUGCGGGGCAGCCCGCGGGCGCCGCUGGCGCGGGAGGCGCUGUGGCUGCAGGAGCAGGCGGAGCAGCUGGCGCAGGAGCUGCGGGAGGUCACCCGCAACCGGGCAUCGCUGCGGGGGCGCCUGCGGGACCUGCGCUGGUACCUGCAUGUGCUGCGGGAGGGGCAGCGCCUCACCUGCCCCGCCACAGCCCUGGGCUCGCCGGCGCGGCCGCGGGCGCUGUCGGAGCAUGAGCCCAUCCUCGACCCCUCGGUGCAGCAGCACCUCGAGCGCAAGAUCAACUUCGUGGCCGGCGUCAUCCACCCGUGGCGGGUGAGCGCCUUCGAGCGGCUGCUGUGGCGCGCGUGCCGCGGGUACCUGGUGGCCAGCUUCGUGGAGAUGCCCGAGCCCAUGGAGGACCCGGCCACGGGUGAGAGCAUCACUUGGGUCAUCUUCCUCAUCUCCUACUGGGGCGAGCAGAUCGGGCAGAAGAUCCGCAAGAUCUCAGACUGCUUCCACUGCCAUGUGUAUCCCUACCCAGAGAGUGAAGCCAGCCGCGUGGACACCAUGAUCGGGCUGCAGAGCCAGAUCCAGGACCUCAGCGUGGUGCUGGAGGAGACGGAGCAGUACUUGGCACAGGUGCUGGACAAGGUGGUGCUGGCAUUGCCUACCUGGUGGGUCCAGGUCCAGAAGAUGAAGGCCAUCUACCUCGUGCUCAACCAGUGCAGCUUCGAUGUCACUGAGAAGUGCCUCAUUGCUGAGGUCUGGUGCCCCGUGAGGGACCUCACCCAAGUGCAGGAUGCGCUGCGCCAGGGAUCGUACAAGAGCGGCUCGAGCGUGGAGUGCUUCGUGCAGCGCAUCCCCACCACCGAGAGUCCCCCCACCCUCAUCCGCACCAACAAGUUCACCGCCGGCUUCCAGAGCAUCGUGGAUGCCUAUGGGGUGGCCAGUUACCAGGAGGUGAACCCCGCGCCCUACGCCAUCAUCACCUUCCCCUUCAUCUUCGCCAUCAUGUUUGGGGACGUGGGGCAUGGACUCAUCAUGUUCCUCUUCGCUCUCUGGAUGGUGCUGUAUGAGAACAGCCCCAGCCUGCGGCAGGCCAGCAACGAGAUCUGGCUGACGUUCUUCGAGGGCCGCUACCUCAUCCUGCUCAUGGGGGCCUUCUCCAUCUACACUGGCUUCAUCUACAACGAGUGCUUCAGCAAAGCCACCAUCAUCUUCCCCUCCGCCUGGAGCGUGGCCACCAUGGCCAACCACUCCUCCUGGAGCUCUGCCUACCUCGCCACCCACCCGCUCCUCACCCUGGACCCCAACGUCACCGGCGUCUUCCAAGGGCCUUAUCCCUUUGGGAUAGACCCAAUCUGGAGCUUGGCCACCAACCGGCUCAACUUCCUCAACUCCUUCAAGAUGAAGAUGUCCGUGGUGCUGGGCAUCGUGCACAUGGGCUUCGGUGUCCUGCUGGGGGUCUUCAACCAUCUGCACUUCAAGCAGCGGCACCGGCUGGUGCUGGAGCUCCUGCCCGAGAUGAUUUUCCUCCUGGCUCUCUUUGGCUACCUCGUCUUCCUCAUCUUCUACAAGUGGAUCAAGUUCAGCGCCGCCGACUCCCUGGUGGCCCCCAGCAUCCUCAUCCACUUCAUCGACAUGUUCCUCUUCACCUCCAACACUGAGAACCUCCCGCUCUACCCAGGACAGGUGCCGGUGCAGACCGUGCUGGUGGUGCUGGCGUUGGCGUCGGUGCCUGUCCUGCUCCUGGGGACCCCGCUGUACCUGUGGUGCCGGCGGUGCACGCCGGGGCCGGGGCACCCCACGGCGGUGGGCACCGGGGAGCAGGAGCCGCUGCUGGAGGGGCAGGAGACCGGGAACUCUGUCAAUGUCACCAAGGAGGACGUGGAGAACGGUGGGCAUGGCCCUGACGCCGAGCACCUGGACUUCGCUGAGAUCUUCAUGCACCAGGCGAUCCACACCAUCGAGUACUGCCUGGGCUGCGUCUCCAACACCGCGUCCUACCUGCGGCUCUGGGCGCUCAGCCUGGCCCAUGCCCAGCUCUCGGAGGUGCUGUGGACCAUGGUGAUGAGCAAUGGCUUCGUGCGGCUGAGCUACGCCGGCGGCGCGGUGCUGGUGCCCGUCUUCGCCGCCUUUGCCGUGCUGACCGUGGCCAUCCUGCUGGUGAUGGAGGGGCUCUCCGCCUUCCUCCAUGCCCUGCGCCUGCACUGGGUGGAAUUCCAGAACAAGUUCUAUGUGGGUGCUGGAUACAAGCUGUGUCCCUUCGCCUUCGCGCCCGACACUUGGGAAUAGCCAUGUGGAUGCUGGAGGUUUGGAGCCAAAACCCUUCCCCACUGAUGGGAGCUCAGUUGGGGGGUGCCCCCUGAAACUGCAGGGCUGGGGAGGGCAGUUGGAGGUCUGGCUGCAGCCUCCCAUCCCCUGCUUGCAGUGAAUAAAGCCCCAUGGCUUGUCCCCA